AUGACGACGACCACGGACACGACGACAUCCACGACGCCAGCGGCAGCAGCGACGGGGAUCUCGCGGCACGAAUUCUCCAAGCACGACAGGACCCUUUCGUACCUGGACGCCGGCCCGCAGAAUGGACCCCUGCUUGUGUUCGUGCACGGCUGGCCGGCCAUCGCCGAGACAUGGCGGCCACAGCUGAGCAGCUUCGCGGCGCUGGGGUUCCGGGUCGUGGCGCCGGACCUGCCUGGGUACGGGCAUUCGGGGCCGAAGAGCAAGGAGAAGCGCGACUACGCGCUGGAGAAGGUGGUGGCGGCAAUGCUGCUUCUCCUGAAGCACCUGGAGCGCAGCGAGGCUGUCUGGAUCGGCCACGGCUGGGGCGCCGGCGUCGUGUGGGCGCUGCUCGCGCACAACCCGGAAGUGUGCCUGGGCGUGGUCAACAUGGCCAUUCCCUACCGCACGCUGGAGAUGGGCGUGCAGGAGCUGCUCAAGUACGCCAACCGCGAGCUGUACCCGGAGGAGGAGUACCCGCACGCACAGUGGUCGUAUCAGAUCUUCUACGAGGAUCCGGACAACUACGACAAGGCUGUCGCCUUCUUCGACAAGCACGUCGACCGCUUCCUGAAGGUCAUCUACGCGCGGCCCCGGAAGCUCGAGGACGACAGGGACAAGCCGGCCUUCACGGCCAACGUGGUAAAGGACGGCGGGUGGUUUGGGGGCGCCGAGUGCCCGCCCGAGACCGGGACUGAGGAGCUGGGCGAGAGCCUCGUGGACGACGACACACACAAGAGUCUGGUCGAGGCGUUCUCCCAGGGCGGGUUCUGGUCGCCGACGGCGUACAACCUCAACCACGACGUCAACCUGACGUGGUGCGAGGACUGGUCCGUCAACGAAGGGGUGGUGUCGGUGCCCGUGCUGUUCAUCGAGGCGCGGAACGACCCCGUCGCCGGCACUUACAACUCCAAGCUCUGCGAGCCUAUGAACAGCUUCUGCCGGAAGCUGACUACGGUGAGCAUCAAUGCCGGUCACUGGGUCGCGUUGGAGGCACCCCAGGAGACGAACGCCGCCAUUGUGAGGUGGAUUGCGCGAGAGCUGCCUGAGGAGAGGGCGUGGCCUUGGGGAAAGAAGAAUCCGCUGAAGAAGAACGUAUAG